AUGACGUUCACCAGUGACGAAAUACAGCAAACUGAGAAACCUCAGACCAUUCAGCAAACUCUUCAAAGGACACUGCAGUAUUUUGAGCAUCAAGUUAUUGGUUACAGGGAUGCGGAGAAGAAUUUUCACAAUAUAUCAAACAGAUGCUCCUAUACAGACCGCUCUGGCAAUGAAGAAACUGAAGAUGUCUCAGGAAUUCUCCAGUGUACAGCUAAUGUUCUCGGUUUGAAGUUUGAGGAAAUGCAAGAAAAGUUUGGGGAGGAAUUCUUCAAUAUCUGCUUUGAUGAGAAUGAAAGAGUUCUUCGAGCUGUAGGUGGGACCCUUCAAGACUUCUUCAAUGGCUUUGAUGCUUUGCUGGAGCACAUUAGAACUUCAUUUGGAAGACAGGCCACCCUGGAAUCCCCUUCUUUCCUAUGCAAAGAGCUCCCUGAAGGCAAUCUCAUGCUUCAUUACUUUCACCCACAUCAGAUUGUGGGAUUUGCAAUGAUGGGAAUGAUAAAGGCAGCAGCAAAGAAGAUUUACCGCUUGGAAGUGGAAGUAGAACAGGUCGCUAAUGAUAAGUUGUGUGCAGAGGGGACGAACCCAGGUAACUGCAGCUGUCUGACUUUCCUUAUCAAAGAACAUGAAAAUGCAAAUAUCACAAAAGCACUUCCACCGGGAACUUCCCAGUCCCCCUUAGACCUGAGGAUUAGCAUCAGCACCUUCUGCAGAGCUUUCCCCUUUCACCUGAUGUUUGAUCCAAACAUGCUGAUUCUCCAGCUUGGAGAAGGUCUUAGGAAGCAGCUCAGAUGUGACGCUCAUAAAACUCUGAAAUUCCAAGAGUGCUUUGACAUAGUUUCUCCUAAAAUCAGUGCCACAUUUGAACGAGUUCUCCUGAGAUUAUCUACUCCCUUUGUCAUUCGGACCAAACUUGAGGAUUCUGGCUCUGAAAAUAAAGAUAAGGUAAUGGAAAUUAAAGGACAAAUGAUUCAUGUGCCAGAAUCAAAUUCCAUUUUGUUUCUGGGUUCCCCCUGUGUGGACAAGCUGGAUGAACUGAUGGGCCGAGGCCUCCAUCUUUCAGACAUACCUAUCCAUGAUGCUACUCGUGAUGUCAUAUUGGUUGGGGAGCAAGCAAAGGCCCAGGAUGGCUUGAAAAAACGAAUGGAUAAACUGAAGGCAACACUAGAAUGCACACACCAAGCCCUGGAAGAGGAGAAAAAGAAAACAGUAGAUCUCCUUAUUUCUAUUUUCCCUGAAGAAGUGGCUCAGCAGUUGUGGCAGGGGCAGCAGGUUCAGGCCAGGAAGUUUGAUGAUGUUACCAUGCUUUUCUCGGACAUUGUUGGCUUCACUGCCAUCUGUGCGCAGUGCACGCCCAUGCAGGUCAUCAGCAUGCUGAACGAACUCUACACACGGUUUGACCAUCAGUGUGGAUUCCUGGACAUCUACAAGGUGGAAACAAUAGGUGAUGCAUACUGCGUUGCGGCAGGGCUCCAUAAGAAGAGUCUUAGUCAUGCUAAAGCCAUUGCCCUGAUGGCACUGAAGAUGAUGGAGCUUUCAGAAGAGGUUCUCACUCCAGAUGGGAGCCCUAUUAAGAUGAGGAUAGGCAUUCACUCAGGAUCAGUGCUGGCUGGUGUCGUUGGUGUAAGAAUGCCACGUUAUUGUCUCUUUGGGAACAAUGUCACCCUUGCAAGCAAGUUCGAGUCAGGAAGUCAUCCACGCCGCAUCAAUGUCAGUCCAACCACAUACCAGCUUUUGAAAAAGGAAGAAAAUUUUAUUUUUAUCCCUCGUUCCCGUGAAGAGCUUCCAGAAAACUUUCCAAAGGAAAUUCCUGGGAUCUGUUACUUCCUCGAGGUCAGAAGUGGUCAGAAGCCGCCAAAACCCUCCAUCACAUCUGCCAGAGUGAGAAAGGUUUCUUACAACAUUGGUACCAUGUUCCUCCGGGAGACUAGCCUAUGAGGCCUGCUGCAGAUCAAAGACUUGUCAAAAAAGCACAAGCCCAGAACUGGGUCAUGACAGGGGAGUUGGAGGUUCUUUCUAUUUCACUGCCUUGUUCUGAACAAGCAGUAAAAGCUCCAUGUAAUGUCAGGCAAUAAUAAUUUUAAAAGGUGGGUGACUGCUGUCAGUAAACAAGUGGAGAUAGGGGAAAAAAAAUUAAACAACGUACUUCCACUUCCAGAGGAAUUUCUUUCAUACACUUCAGUCUGGCCCCUCUAUGACAAACAAAAACAAACAAAACAAAA